AUGGGACGCAAAUACCUGGGAGGCUCGGGGAGUGCCUUGACUGUCUGGAUCUCGCUAGCCGCGUCAACUGUUCUCAUCUUCUAUGGAUAUGAUCAGGGCGUGUUCGGGAAUGUUCUGGUUGGGGAGGAUUUCCUAAAGACCAUGGGAAAUCCUGACGCCACCGUCCAAGGGACUUUGACCUCAGUUUAUAACCUUGGAUGCUUCGGAGGGGCGCUUUCAACUUUGUACACGGGAGACAAACUCGGCCGUCCACGCACCAUUAUGCUUGGGAGCUCCGUCAUCGCCCUGGGAGCAAUUGUUCAGUCAGCAUGCUACUCUAGAGGGCAAAUGUUUGCAGGCAGGGUGAUUGCGGGCCUUGGGACAGGCAUGAACACCGCCACUGCUGGUGUUUGGCAGUCCGAGACCAGCAAGAUGCGGAGCCGUGGCAAGCUCGUCAUUAUUCAGAUGGCCAACUGUAUAACUGGCUUCUGCCUGUCGAACUGGCUCACUCUAGGAUUCUCGUUCGCUAAAAGCUCAGUGGCCUGGCGAUUUCCACUCGCCUUUCAAUGCUUCUUUACACUGUUGAUAUGGUUGAUGUGUCCCUUUCUCCCGGACUCUCCCCGUCUUCUGAUUCGUAAGGGCAAGCACCAGGAGGCAUUGGAAGUGCUCGCUGCUCUCGAAGGACAUGGGGCAACUUCCGAGUCGGCGUCGGUGCGCACGCAGUACAAUAUCAUCAAAGAUGUCCUGGAUAAAGAGCACGCGCAGACCUAUAGUUGGUGGCAGCUUCUGACCGGCCGAGGACCUUCAGGCGUCGUCCGCAGGAUGAUCCUAGGCGCCUGGAUGCAGGCAAUGAACCAGAUUAGCGGUAUCAACUUGAAUAUACCAAUGGGAUAUAUCUUCAUCCAUGCUAUCAACCUCAACGAACUUUUAGCUCGAAUCCUUGCGGCCGCCGGAUCUGUCGACUACCUCAUCUUCUCUUUUUUGGCGUGGUUCUUCAUCGAACGGUACGGCCGUCGCCGGGUUAUGAUGUGUUCAGCGUUUGCCUGUUCCACAUGCUGGACCAUAAUCAGCAUUGCUUUGGGGUUGUCCCAGAACGGUAAAGGAGAUACGUAUAAGCUAGGUGCCCUUGCGACCACCUUUUUUUUUGUUUUUUUUGCGUCAUUUGCACUCGGCGUUCUGGGAGUGCCUUGGCUCUACCCCACCGAAAUCAACCAUAUCUCCUUCCGUGCCAAGGGUGCGUCUCUGGCAAUGGCAACGAACUGGAUCAUGAACUACAUGGUCGCCCAAGUGACGCCGCCGGGUAUCGCCAACCUAGGCUACAAAUUCUGGAUUAUCUGGGCCGUGAUCUGCUUCUCUUUCAUCCCCAUCACCUAUUUCUUCUACCCGGAGACGGCCAAUCGGUCACUGGAAGACAUAGACCGAUACUUUGCGGAACACCGCAACAUAUUUGUCUUCAGAGAUAAGGUUGCAACGCAAUUGAAGAGGCCGGAGAUGUGGGAGAGGAUGGAUGAGGAGGUCGCGCGGAGGGCCGAAGAGGAGAUGAUUAGGAACGGCGAGCAGGUCGAAGGGGGCAGCGAAGAUGGAGGAGAGAAGGGGGAGCAGGAGGUCGUGUACCUUGAGAAAUGA